CAGCGUUCUUCUACUCAUGUUGUGGUCAUUGCAAACUUGCUUCGCCAUAAUCAGUGGUGCAGGUAGCAUUGAAUUCAAUGGAGGAUCGGAAGAAACUGAUCAUAAAACAUUAUUUGAUAAAUCCUUUUGGUACAGUUUUAGCAUUGGUUAUGUCUGUUCAGCCAGCGGGAUCAUCUUUGCUUUUAUGUGCUUCUGUGUCCCUUGGGCGCAACUAAAGAAGAGCAAGAGAAAGUUCAUGUCUUCCAACGUUGGUAGGCAUGAUAUGCAUGCAAUAAAGGCAAACCAAGUUCCCAAACUACUACUCUAUCUGUUGUUGCUCAAGAAAGGAAACCAAGAGAUUUCUAGAGUACUGGACAAACUAAGAUCGAGUAUCAGCUUCAUGGAACUGUGUAGAGCAACUGAUUACUUCAACAUGACCAAUGUUAUUGGGACAGGAAAGACAGGGACAGUGUACAAGGCCAAGCUUUCUAAUGGCUCAAAAGUGGCAGUGAAGAGACUCUAUGAUUCAAAGCUAUUUGAGACAAAGUUUGCCUUAGAAAUCGGGAUUCUACACAGAUUCAAACAUGGAAACUUAGUGGAUCUUCUUGGGUUUUGCACAGAGAGAAAACAGAGGAUCCUUGUGUAUGAAUUCAUGCCAAAUGGUAAACUCUCUGAUUGGUUACAUCCUUUGCAAAAUGAAGCUUUUCCAUUGGAUUGGCCAAUAAGGCUUAAAAUAGCACUUGGGUUGGCUAGAGGUUUAUCCUUUCUCCAUGAGUGUUGCAACUGGAAGAUACUCCAUUUUGGUAUAAGCUCGGAGCAUGUUUUGCUUGAUAAGAAUUUUGAGCCCAAAUUAUGGAAUUUCACAAGUGCUGAACUCAUGAAAGAAAAGCAGAAGAAGCUAGGGAAGAAGGAUGUGUACGAUUUUGGCGUUGUUCUGAUGGAGCUUAUCACUGGAAAGAAGCACGUUGAAAUGAGUAUAGAUUUUAAUGUCAUUGAUUCAUCUUUGUUGGGGAAAGGAUUCGAUGAGCAAAUAUCAUGUCUGGUUAAGGUUGCAGUUGAUUGCAUUCAGUUGUCUCCACACCAGAGACCAAGUAUGCUUGAUGUGUAUAAAUAUAUAGAAAGGUUAUGGGAAGGAUACGAAACUGAUGACUGGUUCAUCCUCUCAAUCCAUCCUCUUUGUCCAUCAGCGCGCAAGGGAACCUACAGAUAUGCAGCUCCUGAAUAUCUAGCCACAGGUCAUCUUACUGCCAAGAGUGAUGUCUAUAGUUUUGGAGUUGUCCUGCUAGAAAUGUUAUCUGGAAAGAGGGCAGUUGACAAGAAUAGACCAUCUGGACAACACAAUUUGGUGGAAUGGGCUAAACCAUACCUAGCAAACAAACGUAAAAUAUUUCGUGUGUUGGACACACGGCUUGAAGGACAAUAUUCAACGGAUGAUGCCUAUAAAGUGGCCAACCUUGCCUUGCGGUGCCUGUCAAUAGAUUCCAAGUUCAGGCCAAACAUGGAUGAAGUAGUCAGAACAUUGGAAACAAAAAAUCUCAAGCACGCUGAUGAAGGUGGAUUGAAGGUUGAUGAACCNUAA